AUGAGCUUCUCGGGACAAGUUUCUCACACGCAGGUGGAGCGUGAAGGCGUGCAGCCAGCACAAGAUAGCGCCUUUUCAGAGGCCGACACCAAGGCUCGCGGCAGAGUGGAUAGUGUAGGCGACGACACCAUCACCAGCACGACCAACGACAAGGCGAACAGCAAGCCCAUUGCCAAGCCCACCAGCAAACAACCCGGUACUUCAAUACGUCCUGUCGUCAAGGCAGAAGUCCCCCUCGUUUUCACCAGGCGAAUCACACCACCACAGCAAUGCGCCCAGCAAGCGCAUUCCUCGUCCGGGCCUCCUCACCCUUCCCCUCUGUCUGCCCGGCUGCCCGAUCCCAUUCAGCCACCAGCCAACAAAUCAUCUCCAGGGCCGCACUCGUCUGCAUCCAAGGCGCUACCGGGAAAAGAAGAGGAAGAGACAUAUGAGAAACUAGGCAGUAGUGCCUUGCUGGAAGGCAGUGUCCCGGAUUUUACACCCACGGGGCACCAGUGGCGCGAUUCAUGCCGCGGCGUGGAUAGUGAGGCUGUUCGCCGAUAUUUCAGCUCAAGGUAUAGGAGGAGGGUAUAUGGAUCUGUCAGGGAGCAAUAG